CACCCACAGAGGGCAUCACCACCACCAUCAUCACCACCACCGUCACCACCACCAUCACCACCACCAUCAUCACCACCACCCAUCACGCACCGUCAUUGUGCGCUUUGCGGCUGCAGCGUGAGCGAGGUGUUGUGCCACGGGGAGACGAGGCAGCGGUAGGCUUCGGUGCUCCACCAGGAGCGCACGUGGCCACAGGUGAGCGUUACUAAGAAGACCUGGUUCAACAAAGGAGUCUCGGUUCAACAAAGGGUGAAUUGGUUCAACAAAGGGAGACGUGGUUCAACAAAGUGAGACGUGGUUCAACAAAGGUAGACCUGGUUCAACAACGGGAGGCCUCGUUCAACGGCGGACAUCAGCAGCACAUUGCAUCAGAGAAUCAACUGCAGGCCAACGCGCAAAAUCUCCUUCACAAAUGUAAAAUUAAAGACACGAGCCACAGAAGUGCUGCGACUGUGGCCUUGCAACCCAGAUGGUGGCCCACGCGGUAAACCUACUGUGGCCUGGAGAAGGAAUAGCAAAGCUACCCCAACCCUCUCGUCGUGGCUGGCAGACCUCAAACUUUGGCGUCUAGCUCAUGAGCGCCAAGAGUAGAAUUCGCGGCUCGCGUCCUGCUCGUGAUAGCAAGCGUCGCACAUUGACCGGCUCCAAACGCGUAGAUCAAAUGUGGUGUAAAUGAGAUUAGAGCAGCUGCACUCGAACAUUCCACAUCUCACGAGAGACCGAUCGACGGGGAGAGUAGACUCUCGUUUACAUUUUUCAGUUCAGAAUCAAAAUAAUUAUUUGUACUGGUGGAAUCCAAUGCGCUUUAAAAGCUCCUUUUUUUGACAGAUGUCCAGGAGGCGUUCUUAAACAGGCUUGAGCAACAGUCCAACGCCUCAACAGCAAAUACUUAUCACAGCCUUUGUAAGAAACGUUUAAAGUAAAAAAGAACAAACCGAUUCAAAUUCAAGCGGCCGCGAAUCAUGACUGCAGCCGCCACAGUGCUCAGAUGCGCGGAGGUGGUGACGCUGAGCGCCACGUUCCUGUACCAGCCGCUCUCGGAGCAGCCGGACAAUUCCCAAGCGUGGAGCCAAGCGGUGAGGCUCCUCAACAUCCUGGCCAACGGCCUCACCCUGGCCCUGGCACCGGUCAGCCACGGGUGGCAGUGCGCGCCCACCACCACCGCCGCCACCGCCGCCACAACCGCCACAGCCGCCACAGCCGGCGUCGACGCGCAGGACCGGCGCCGCGGCAGACCUUGGGCCGGAAACCGGAGCGCGGCCGAGACGCUGCGCGUGUGCACCUCCAUCUACCUCCUCUUCUCCGCCGCCUUCUGGUGGCACCGCGUCCUCGUGACGGGCGCCGCCGACCUCGCGGACCGCCGCCGCCCUUGCCUCCUGGGCGCCCCGCACGGGCCCGGCUGCGCGCCCGUCCGGUGGCUCCCGUCCCCGCUGGACGCCUCGGGGGCGGUGCCUCUGCUCGCGGCCGCGCUGUUCGGGAUCGACUUCGUCCUCUCCCGGAGGCUCCACCGGCGGCAUCCCGUGACCUCGAGCGGAGGCGUCCUCCUGUUGGCGCAGGCGGCGGCCUGCACCUCCGUCGUCGUCACGCUGCGCGAGUCUCCGGGCUGUGCCAAUCUACUGACGUCCCGGACUUGUCUGGCCACGGGCUGGCUCGUCCUCGCCGCCUCGUCCCUCGCUCUGCUGCUGCGCCACGAGACGGACGAGAGGGAGGUGGCGGCGGAUGGGACGAACGAUGCGCGGGAGGUUGCGGUUGGACUGUUGGCACUGUGUGGCCACUCCGUGGCUGGCGUCUUGCUGCUGGCGUUCGGCUACGAGCCGACAAGGCCGUGUCCGCCCUCUCUUCUCUGCCUGCAUGGACUCGCCGGAGCCAUCUCGCUCAUGCAGCUCGUUCGCCCAGAGGCGCGGUGGCGCUCGGUGAAGUUACCGGGUUUUUGAUGUCCUAACGAUGCCGGUUUAAGACCCAGGGCGCUUCUGCCCAAUCCUAACAAGAGCUGUUCUCUGUGCCUUGACCUGUCGUUCCGAGUCUAAAGCGGUGAU